GCUGACACUGUUCUCACCUUCACAACAAAGAGCUCAUCUGCGCACAAUAUCGCGACGAAAAGAAAAGUAGAUUCGAACAGGAAUUUCACCGUUCAGGAUGGGAAUGUGUUUGCCUUGUCUGGGUGGUUCUUCAGAUGAUUAUGACCAACCAUCACCAGAAACCCGUCGAAGACAGCUGGCUGAAGCAGCAGAAAAGAGACAGAAAGAAACUGAGGCACGAGGAGUUAAAGAUCCUGAUGCACUGAAGCGUAAACAGAAGCGGAAAGAAGAACUGGAGAGGCAAGAAGCAUCCAGGCCUGUAAAUGAAGACGGACCUUUGAAGUGGCAAGUCUCAUAAUCUUCAUGGGUCAAGUUCCAGAUAUUGCUACAGAUCUUCAUCUUGUGGACUAUGUCAUUUAUUGAGUUUAUGCUGUUUCCAGUUCAAUAAUAGUGCAGCUUUAAGAUUUUUCUACAUUCUUUUUUCCCUUUGCCUCAUCUGUUAAGUAUCUGCUAAGCUGUCAUUGUUUGUCAGGUGUGUAUUCUGAUAUUUCCAUAACAUCAGAUAACUUCCAAAAAUUGUUCAUGUGUGUUACGUAUAAAGUUUUAACACUCAAAGUCUAAUGUUUACAUGCAGCAUUAUUCUUAAUCUUACUGGUGCAGUUCUUGUAUAAAAAUUGGGAGGCUGAAAAAUUAGGUAUUACAUAGCUACUAACAGAAAAUUAUACAUUUUUACAUAAAUAUACCACUUUAAGAAAUGCUUUAAAUCUGGUUUGAAGAUGUGUCAUAAACAUAAUAGAUGGUUUUUCCCACUGUAGCUGGACUGACUGACCCUCGCUACUAAAAGGCCAACACACCCUACUUUAGUUUAGCGCCAAAUCAGUCCGUUAUACUUUGUUAUUCAAGGGAAGAGGACGGUAGUUCCCAAAGAGAAUUUUUCUACAAAAAAUUUUAGCUUUCGUUAGUCGGGUGCGUUGUCUAAUCUUUUACCUCGCAUUGUGUUCUUUUUUUACCUAUCUUAACCACCACGCACCCGAACUCAGCUGACCUUGGAGUCCACAAAAGACCCUGCUUUACUUUACUUUCUCACUAAAGUGUCUUUUCUUCGGUGCAUCAAUUCCAUGGAUCUUCACGUGUGUUCUCUCUCUGCUGCUGUGUCAUCACUACAUGGACAACACAAACCUCACUCACGCUAGUGAUGAUCGUUCACCUCAUUCACACGAUGAGGACAUAGGUAUGACACACUCGUUGGCAUUCUUUGGCACUGACACUCUCACACAGGUAUUUAAGGUUCAAAGACAUAGAUUUAUUUAUAUAAUUUACACAUACAACUACUAUAUCUAUCCCGACCUACCUACCUAGCCUAUCAAACUCUAGCACCUAACUCCCUGGGGUGGGGGAAAGAAGGCUGAGUGACACGAGUCGCUAUUUUGUUUCGGCGCUGGGAAAACAGGUUUGGGCAUUGCUUUUCGCCCUCUUCUUGUACUGGACAGCUUGGGUACUACGUCACCCACUGUCGCUGUCCGUCUCGCACGACCAAGCAUGGGGUGGAAGGGGAUGCGGGGUGGAGGGACUAAGCGCUGUCAGCGCUACUCGCUGACCUAAACAAGCGCUCCCGCUACACCCACAAUAAAAUUGAGCGAUAGUAUCCAUCUUUAUUGCACAUAUGCAGAUUAUAGUGUGUACUAUUUUCAAUAGUGUUACUGGUGUUUAAGGGCAGCCAUAUUAUUAAGCUGAAUUCCAAGAUGCAUCAGCUCUUAUUUUGCUGCUAGCUUUGGGUGAUUCUUCACUGGUGCAUUCAAAAUAUAGAUGGGAUGUCUGGGCAGUGUGGUAGUGAAGAUUUUUUUUUAAAAAACUGCAGCUAUAUGAAUCUUCAUUCUAUAAAUAUCUUUGUCUUAGAAGAAGAAAGCUAGGUACAACUUUAAAUUAGCUCAACAAGCAUUUUUUUUCCUCUUUAUCAACAGAAAUGGUACUCCAUCAAGUGACAGCAAACAUACCACUUAAUCCUCUGUGACCUGACCUAAGAAAACAUUCCAAACAUUUUAUAUCAGUUAUUAUUAAAGUAUACUUUAUGCUAAAUGUUCAUCUUUUUAAUUGUCCAUAGUCUUCUUGCUAUGUUAAACAUUACUUAGCCCUCACCUUUUGCUAUCUUUUCAUUCUAAAUUCACCUGAGAUCGUGUAUCAGAAACAAGGUUAGGAAGAUUAUUUCGUAAAUGCAAUCUUGAUUCAGGCCUGCUGUUUUGAUCAUUGUCUUACAUAUGGUCUGCAGGCUUCAUCAAGCAAAAUUUCGAUACUCCUCACAGCUUUUCAAAAUGUCUUUUCAUGUUUGGUACAUUUUUAAAAAAUGUUACUUUAUAUUUUGUGAGUUUAGGAUUCUAUAACUGAUAUAAAUAAUCUCCAGCCUUGCUGAUGUGUUUCAUAUCGCAGGUUUCAUGUUGAAAGGAAUAUACUUCUGAGGGAUUGCAUUAUGAAAGAUAUAGAAUGCAACUUUUAGCUUGUUUGGUGUACUGGAGAGGGGAACACUAGCCAAAUAUAUACACAUUUAAUUAGCUUCUAGUACAUUGGGCGAUAUUCUGCUUAAGGCUUUCUGUUUUCAGUCAAUUCAUCCAUGUAAUUAUAACAUUAAUUUAUACUUAUGCUGGGUUAGCCAGUUUCUGCAUUAUCCCUUGUUCAUCUUGUUUAGAACAUUUUUCUUACUCACCAAGGCAGAAAUUCUUGUGUUGUUCAGCAAAUAAUAAAAUUUUUAACUUUGAAAAAAUACUUAACGUCAUAUUCAUAAAAAGAAUGCUUGAAAAGCAACCCACCAUUAAGUCCACAAUAGUUGGGAUAUAUGUUUGGAAGAAUUCCCUUUUUAUAUGUUUUGAUAUAGUUUCUGUGAUGUGCCUUUUCUAGUGUUGAACAAAAAGUGUUUUGGUUGUGUCUUAAUGGAUCUUGUUCUGCACCUGUUACCAUUUCAUUUCCUUAUUGCAUUGCAUAGAUAUUUCUGUAAAUUCUCAGCUGUCAAUGGCAUUGCCAAAGAUAUUUUUGGAGUGCCAGUGCUAUCAGACAGCACUGUUACAGAUCAUCAAAUAUUUUAGGUUUUUUACAACCUUCCCCAAUGUUUUUUCUCAAUGUGGUGCUGACUUACAAAUUGUAAUGUUUACAGUUUUAAUAAAUGUUGAAUUAAAA